GGCCGCCCGCCCAACACUGCGCACGCAUCGUACAAACACACCAGCACUGCAUCGAACAAUUUGACAAACUAAUGGAAAAAAGGUGACCGGUUGCAAAAAUGUCAUUCAGGAAUUAUUUUGAUUCAUCAUCUACGUAUAGCAAAAACCGUAACACAGAGAGAACUGCAAGUGCCUCAGAGCGACCAUCAACAGUUACAGCUAAAUACACCACCACCCCGUCUUACAAAUCAUCUAGCAUACCUGUACUUAACGAUCGCUCAACCCGCGAAGAGACUCCUAUAUCAACAAUAGCUAGCCGAUAUUCUAGCUACAAACAAACUGACAAACCAACAUCUAAAUACGAAAAGAAAGAUUAUUCUAAACUCUCGGUCCCUUCUGUUACUACAAAUAGAAGUAGAGAUGUCAGUCCUGUCUCAACAACAUCCAAAUAUAGCCUUAGCCGGACAACCAGAACCACUAGCCCUGAUAGAAGAACUGCGAAAAGUUACAAAGACAAAUGUCAAGACAUAGGCCCUGUUGAUCGCGUCAAAGACAUUCCAAUUAAGACUGAUAAGGCCUCUAAUUACAGUAAUCUAUCAAAUUAUAAGGUUUACCCACGCUCAUCUAAUUAUACACGGCCAACUCCUAGAGUAGAAACUAAGCCAGAAAUCACAGUUAACCGAUAUGCUAUAGCUAAUCGCCUAUCAUCAUCAAGUUAUCUAAGAAGCCCAACGCCUAUAAAAAGAACACUUGUUUCACCAAUUCUCAUAAAUGAUGUAGGUAAACCUGAAACUGAAAAACCUACUACACCAAAUAAUAUAGUUGAAGAGAAAGAUGAAAAUACAAAUAAAACAGAUAUAAUUGAAAACGGUAUAGAAGAGGUUGAUAAUGAAAACAAUGAAACAGAGACCGUUACUGUUGUUACAAGACAUACAUCUCCAACCCCACCUGGUUCUUCGGCUUAUGUGCGAAUGCGACGAGCAGAUAUGGCUAAGACUAUCGAAAAAAUAAUAACUCGUGCAAGAAAAAGACCCGAAAUGAUAGAUAAAGAGAUGCAAUCUGAUCGUCUUGAUGACCCAACACGAUCUAGCAGAUUUGGAAAUACAAAUAGGACCAGCAUGACGAAUUGGACAUACUAUUCGCCUAACGUAAAUAGUUAUACAGGAUACGCAGGGAGACAUCUAACUCAAUAUACAAACUUAUCUAAUAAUACGUGUAAUGAUAGAAGUAGCAGAAGUAGAAGUAAAGAACCUACUCCAAUAGAGAACAAAUGUUUAAGUCCAAACACAGAAGAAAAUGAAAAACCUUUUAAUUUUAGUAGCUCGGAACCAAAUGAAGACACAGUAAAUAUAAGUGUACAGGAUCAAGAAGAUGACACUUCCGAAAUUAUUAUUAACGUGAAUUUAAAGUUAAAGAAAGCUAAAAGUCCACCAUCUACGCCACUGUCAAAUGACCUAAUCUCAUCAUCAGAAAAAAUAAAUUCUAACAAUAACCAGCUUCCUCCUCAACCACCUAAAUCCGAAAGUGUAACUAAGGUAAGAAAAGUAAAAAUACGUAAAUCAAGUACUGACUCAUCCUCAGAUUCUACAUCUUCUAAAAAAGUCGUCAAAAAGAGAAGUAAAUCUGUUAGUUCAACUGAUUCCGAACAAACUAACGAUAAAAGUAGUAAAUCCAAAGACUCAAGCAAAAUUCCAUCAAAAAAUUCGAACAAGAAUUCCUCAAAUACAAGCUUACAUAAUGGUCCUACUAAAUUAAAACAUUCCAAGUCCCGAGAAAGCAACAGUCCCGAAUCCAGCAUAACCUUAUCAACACAAUCCUCAAUAAGCGAAGAUGAUACUGUACUGAAAAAGAAAUCAAACGAGAAUACGUUAGAUGAUAAUUUAACCAAACAUAAUUUAUUAAAUAAAAAUGAAGGUUGUGAAGAAGCUAAGUCGUUUUUGAUACGGGCUCUAGCACCAGUGACCAAUCUCUUUAAGCUCAGACACCAAGAUAAUGACGAAAUUAAUCGCACGACUGAUAUAUCACAGUCUGACUCCGCUAAAAGUAAUACGAAUUUCAUGUCUGAAAGUGGAUCUCGGAAUAGAAAUAAUACAUUUAAUAUCAUAGCAUCAAAUGAUGAUAAUUUGGUCAAAUUAAAAGCUAUAAGACACAUUGAAUCAGGGGAUCGAGCUUCAUGGCUAGACUCGGAUACCGAUAAAAAAAAUACAAACAAUGACUUAGAUCGGUUUACAGAAUUAUAUAAUGACCACAAUAGCUCCACGGAUUUAAAACAUUCAUUAAAACCUAGUUGUUUUGCAGACGACGAAAAGCCGUGGUGGUUAGACAGUAAUGCUAAUAUUCCGGAAGGCAUAGAAAGGUUAUCGCCUCCGAGAAAAUCCUCCAGUGAUAGUGAUAAAUUGAACUCCUUCAAAAUCCGGCAAAACGAAUCAGGGGAACGAAAAGACUGGAGAGUUAUGAACACUGAAAGUUCAUCAAGUGUAAAUAAACAAGAAUUACAGAACAACUUAAGUCUCAGCAAAUCUGGUUCUGAUCAGCGAAAUUUUCCGGUAAGACGUAUACGUCAUAUCGAGUCUGGAGAACGGCCUUGGUGGUUGUCUAGUAAUAAAAACAUUCCAGAAGGUAUAGAAAAGUUACCCACACCGCCUCCGCAAGACUCUGAUUCUUCUGAUUCUGAGGAAAUUGAAGUUUAUAUACCUCCUAGUCAUAUACCACCGUUUCCUUUACACUUGCCUGAUGAUGAGCCCCUUGGGGCCAGGCGGAGCCCAGAAGGUUUAGAGACUCCAAAAGAUGUCGAGGACUAUAUUGGGGGCCGAAGCUCGCCAUAUGAAAACAAUCGCCAGUAUAGACGCGAGUCAUCUAAUUUACCGUAUCAAAAAGGGGCCGAGAAAUACAUAUCACGUUAUACGGAUAUCGACGACAUAUUGGGCACUUCGGGCCAGAUUUACAGUCCAUUCAUGGAGUCCAUAUUGGCGCGGAGAACCGGUCAGCUACCUUAUGACGAUGACGACUGCGAGGAGAUAGAUCCCACACAAGUUAGGAUCCACGACAGCACCGCGCAGAUGCCCGUUAUCAAGAAGCUGCGAUGCAGAAGUGAAAUAAUCGAUUGUCGAGACGAAGAUCAUGUAAGUUAA